CUGACUGCUACCCACAUACCAGGCAGACUUAAUGCUAUUGCAGACAAGGAAUCAAGAGUCUUUGAUGAUAAGACAGAGUGGAAACUAAAUCCUGACAUAUUCCAUUACAUAACCCACAUUUUUGGACAACCCUCAGUAGACCUAUUUGCCUCCAGACUUAAUUACCAGUGUCUCCCUUAUGUAUCAUGGAGACCAGACCCAGAGGCUGCAGCGGUUGAUGCAUUUACUAUCACCUGGAACUCUUAUGACUUAUGUUACAUUUUUUGCCCUUUCAGUGUUAUUCCAGUUGUGUUAAAGAAGAUCAGAGAGGAAAGAGCAGAGGCUAUACUGGUGGUGCCACAAUGGCCAACACAAGUGUGGUACUCAACAAUGCAGUCGCUGAUGACCAAGCCGCCACUUCAUUUAGGCAAACAGAAAGACCUCUUGACUCUCCCAUUCAAACCAGGACUAGUGCAUCCACUUUUGAAAAAACUGAACCUCAUAGCUUGUCGCCUGUCAGGCAGAGACUGCAGAAAAUACAAGUUUCAGAGAGAGCACAACAUAUAAUUAUGAAUUCUUGGAGAAUUGGCACCAAGAAACAAUAUAAUGUUUACCUUACUAAAUGGAUUAAUUAUUCCAGAAAGAAUAGCAUAGACGUUGAUAACCAUAAUAUUGCAGAUGUAUUGGAUUUUUUAGCUGAGCUGUUUAAUGACGGCGGUGGAUAUAGCGCACUUAACACCGCAAGGUCAGCACUCUCCACAUUUAUGUUUUUUGAGGGUAAGCCUGUUGGCACACACCCAUUAGUUAUUAGAUUUAUGAAAGGUGUGUUUGAAAGUAGACCUAGUUUACCGCGUUAUUGUGUUAUCUGGGAUGUGGCAUCAGUACUUAGAUUCUUGGAAACCUG